AGCGUACCGUUAUACGCUACCCGCCGGAGCGUUGAACUGUGUUGGAGCGAUGCAGUAGAAUCGCGACUGUCAGGCCAACACGAUAGAGCGCAGCCCGAAGGAAAGAAACGCUGAAAAACUGAGUCACUAGCGCGAAGAGUUCUCCAUAACGAAGAAAAAUGUGCGGCUAACAACUUGGCCGAGCACGUGUCCUUCCUCGUACACGUGAUUCCGCGACGUUCCGCGGAGCCACGAGAGUAAGAAACGUCGUGAGCGUCGCGCAGUGUGACAUCAACCUUCGACGUUCGUUCGAAAAUGAACAGUACGUGACCGGUUGUCCCGGCAAGCGAAAUAUGGAGAAUAGGAUGACGGAGCAAACCAACGUGCUGGUCAUGGAGGCCCGCGAGCCCGGCAGCAAAAAGUCCAAGCUCUGGGCCUACCUGCUGUGGUUGUUCGGCGGGCUGUUCGGGGCCCACCACGUGUACCUCGGCAGAGACGACCAGGCUUUCGUGUACAUGAGCACAUUCGGCGGCUACAUCGGCUUAGGCUGGCUCAGGGAUAUUUACGCAAUACCAUCGUACGUGGCAGACGCGAACGACGCUCCGGCGUUUAUCGAGGACUUCAAACGAAAAGUCCGGGCUAAUCGCAAGCCGCCGUUUUCCGGAGCGCGGUUCGUCGCGGAGACCUCCGUCAGCUACUUGUGGGCCGAGUUGUUCAGGAGUGCGAUCCCGUUGGACGAAGUGUAUGGUAUUAAUUUCAGGCAUCUGCUGAUCCUGACGCCGGCCGUGAUCGCGCUAGGUGUUUGGCUGGUCGGCAACAUCGGCCGAGAACAGGGUUCAUUAUGGGUGGCAUUGGUCGCCGCUUACCUGCCGUAUCCGACCUUGUAUUACAUCGGCGAUGAUACCGUGUGGGUGUUCCUCAUGGUGAUCAUCUCGAGCCUCAGCUUCGACACCUUCAGCAAGCAAUGGCGGCUGAAACCAAGGAAAAAGAAGAACCUCAUGCAGAGGACGACAUGUCUAGGUUUAGCAUUCAUGCUCUACUUGUCCGUGAUGGGUAGCUACCUGUAUUUCAACGCGGUCAUCACUGACAGUGAAGGCGAGGAGAUCAAGCUGUCGGAAGCGGUGCAGCAUUUCCUCACCUCGCCCAUUUGGCUGGAUCUCAAGGUGAGCUUGGAGGUCAUGUGGAACCAAGCGAAGCACGACGGAUUCUGGGCCACGUGGGCGCAUCUGGUAGAUCUUACGGAUCCUCGUGGCGAAAUAAACGCUUACAAGGUUCUGGACCUUUCGCAAACGGCGACGCAGGCUGAAGUGACAGCUCGAUGGAGGAGUCUCUCCAGGGAUAAUCACCCGGACAAGGUUAAGGGCUCGGAGGUGGAGAGGCGCCAGGCUCAAGAGAAGUUUAUGGAGAUUCAACAGGCAUACGAGAUCCUAUCGCGAGCGAAGAAUCGCAGGCAACGUCGUAACCGUCGUUCCGAAGAAUGAACUACGUGUGACGGAUUUCCGCUGUUGAUCCCAUAUUCUUUCGGUCGCCGGGAUUCCAUUUACAAAAUGGCGUAUGACUUCGCAGCGAUAUAAUCCAGCCAAUCAGGACUAAACAAAGAGGAGUGAACAAUCAAUAACGUAACAGGGAGGAUUGAUCCAGAAGACAUUUAUUUUAACAACCAUCUCUGUGACAAUAACUACAUCGAUAUAAAAUCUUGUACGUAAAA